AUGAAUAAGCUAUUUUUAUUUUGUCUUUUCGUAUACAGCGUCGUAGCUGUAAGACCCUACAAGGAACGUUAUGGUAAUGUUUCUAAGCAUUUAGAUAACGAGUUUAAGAAGAGGAACCCUGAUGGAGGAAAACCAUUCAAUUUAAAAGAAAAUAUUAAUUAUGUAAGAAAAAAUAAUUAUGAGUUGUAUGUUGAUGCGAAUGGAGAAUUAAAACAACAGAAUUAUAAUGUGAAUGAACCAAGACAAGUUUUAAAAAAAAAUAUGGAUAAAUUUCGAUAUUUAGUAAACGAUUUAGAAGUAUUAUUUGGUGUGUAUGAAUUAAAUUCUAGAGAUAAAGAAAAGGUAUUAAGAGAGACUUUAAAAAAAGAAUCUUUAUGCUUUACUAUUGCUGGUUUAGUAUCAAAUAGUCUUAACCAAAUAAAUGUUGAGGAUUCUCCAAUAUAUGGAUUAUUAAUACAAGGAGAAAGGGACAAAAAUUAUGAAGUAAAUAAUACACUUGAUAUAUAUGUGAUAUUAUCAAAUAUAAGUGUUCCUUUAGGUAGUUUUUUUUUUCCAGAAAUGAAAAGAGCCCCAUAUCAACUACCAUAUUUAGUUGGUCAUUAUGAUAGUAGAAGUGGAAUAAAAAAUAAGGAUAUUUCUUAUUUAUGUCCAUUACCUGAAUUUUUAAUAGAUGUAAUGAGAACAACUAAAUAUGGAUUAAAAUUUAAUUUUAAUGGCACAGAUAUGGAUGUCAAAGAACUUUUCCCUGUAACCUUAACAAAUACACUAGAAACAGCUAGUCUCUUACCUGUCCAAAAAGAAGAUUCUUAUAAGAAUGAACGUAACAUGUUAUUAGGUAUAUUAAAAAAUAUAUCAAAAGAUGUACCAUAUAGAAAGGUUGUAGAUAGAGGAGUACAAGGUAAUGGUAUUAUUAACCCUGAAGAAAGAAUAUUAGCAAGUAAAUCCUUUUCUAGUUCUCGUGAAAAUAUUAAAAAUUUUGUAUCGAAUUCUGGUAAAAGCCCAUUAGAUACAAGUUCUGUGGCUUUAUAUUUUUUAGCAUUAAGUCAAAAUUUAUUUGAAAAAACUAGAAAUGCAGUACCAUCUAGUAAUAGAUUAACUAAUAUAACAGUAACAAAUGUUCAAACAAAUAAUGCUGGAUAUUUAACACAUUAUACUCUAAAAUUAGGUUUAGAAAAUUCAAGAUCAUUAACAGUAGAAGCUUUAGUUAAUGGAAAAAAUAUAUAUGUACCUAAAGAUAUAAAAAAUAUGGAAACGGUAGUAUCAUAUGAUGUACCAUAUACAUGGGGUAUAAUGGUGAGUCCCCAAGAAGGAUUUUCAUAUAUCUUUGGAAACUUAGUUUUUGACAUUGCCAAAUCUUUCUCUUAUAAUGUGAACAACUUAUCUUCCUUUGUAAGAAGUCCAUAG